AUGAGCCAGAUGAGGCUGAUAUCCAGCAACAUGAUUCGAGAAGCAAACUCAACCGCAGAACCGUGGCAAGAGGUGCCACGUCUUUUUCUAGAAGAGCGAGUCGAAGCAUGUGUCCGAAGUGCGACAAGCAUAACCAACAUUUGUGAGACUAUAAUAAGCAAGGAUAUGCUGGUCACCAUCCCAGAAGCUCUUGACGAACACGUUGAGAACCUGAAGAUUGUUUUCAUGAUCCCGAGCGCAAUGCGAGAGUUCUACGCCCCAGCUCAUGUCUGGGUGGAGUCACUGUACCAGGUUCAUUCGCUCGCCCAGCCAUCAGAGAUAAGUGUUAUCUUAAACAAGAAGGCCUUCUCGCACUUCUUUAGUCGCUUUGACGGGAUUAUCGAAUCACCAUUCUGCCCUUUAGAGCUUGGACAAAGUGUAUUGGAGCAAGCUACGAGUUCAUCCACACUAGAGGUUGCUCAUCUACUUCAGCCAACGAGCCGUUCAGAUCGUGAUCCAGACAUGGAUUCAGAAACUAGCGAAACAAGUCAGGUAGUGGCUGCUGACUAUUCUGGGUGGUUAAAUGAUUACCAGACCCAAUUGGAUCUUAUUAGCAGCAGCUAG